AUGGAUUUUGGAUCGAGUUUUGGUGCUACCGGUCAGAACGCCUUCUUUGCCAAUCGGACGCCUCAGCGGAAAUUCACGUUAAACUCGUCGAAAUUGUUUGAGACUACCAUGGAGGUUCCUGCCGCUAUACCGAAAGGAAGGUUCUCCAAGGAGAAUAAGGAGAAUAGUAUUUGGGAACAUAUUGACACUUCGACGAUGUUCAAAGCCUUACGACGACUGCACGGUCAAAAUCUGGAGUGUCGAGGUCUCAACGACAUGUCGGAAGCUUUUCAGUCGUUCGUGACAAGGGCACGGUUCUUUAGCGUCGGCAAAUUGAGGCGUACAUGGUCACAUUCGGCAGCGGAGUUCAUCAAAUAUCGACGGUUACUGCCGAUGCUAUUGGCCGGUGGACAGAAUUUCGACUCAGGCGAAACAGAUGAUUUCGACGCAUCACUCGCGUUUCAUGCGAAAUCCAAGGAAGAUCGGAAGAUCAUUGUUACAAAUGUCUCACCUAGGAUCACUCCUUCACAGUUGCAAUCGUUUUUCUCUCAAUUUGGAAAGGUUUCGCAUUGUUCUCUGCCGCGGGAGGACCGACGUCACACUAUGUUCGGUACACUGCCAAGAUUUCAGAAGAACUGCGGGACGGCAGUUAUUACCUUUAAGAAGGCGGAAGACGCAGAGAAAGCAAAACGCGCCUCACCGGAGGAACUAAAGUUCUAUGAACAAACAAUGGUGGUGUCAGCGUAUGUUUCACGACGAAAAGGAGGAAAAGGUGUGGUGCUUGCUGAUGACAGUAAAGAAGAAGCGUUUGCUCUGUCGCGCGCAUCAUCGAGCCAAUCGUUGGCAUCUACGACAAUGUCAUCUAGUGGCAUCGAGGGUUGCUCACUUGACGAUCUUCCACCGAGAGGUUUGGAACGAAUCGCUGCUUAUCUCUCCGUGAAUGAUUCUAUUCGCAUGGAACGUGUGAGUAAACGGUGUAUGGAAGCGUCAAUGAAGUCGUGGGCAUUGAUUCCUCGCAUCGUGCUAAGCAGGGACUGCGAAGGCUUCGGGAAAAGCAAUCCAUUCCGGAAUCAUCAUUUGAAGGCAAUCUUGAGACGUUGUGGGGUCCAUCUGAAAUCUCUGGAUAUCUCUGGUAUUGUGCAUCUGCUGGACGAGAAAGCCUUAGAAAUGAUUGCAAGCAGCUGUCCUUCUCUGGAGGAGCUUGACCUUUCUGGAGUCCGAGCGUCGUGGGAAUCUCUGGGCGAACUCAGUGACGCUUUGCCUUCUUUACGAAAAUUAACGUAUCGAGACAUGGCUAACGCGUCGGACAAGGCUUUCUGGUACCUCAUAAAAGGUUGUGGCCGAUCCUUACGAUUCCUUGAUAUUAGGGGUAGCCGUCGACUUCAUGGAAGAUGCUUCCGAUUGCUCGGAAGUGAAUUGGAGCAGCUCUACUUGGAUGGCAGUACCCACGUGGACGAAAUGGCUUUUGAGGAUCUAUGCAUAAAUGCUGGUUCUUUGAAAGAGUUGCGGAUUAAUGACUGUUACAAGGUUACCGACGAGAACUUGAGUAUGAUUUCACGAACAAUGCCGGACUUACGGGUGUUCACUUUAUGUGGCGAUCGUUUCGAGAAGCUCACUACAGCAGGUCUUUCUCACAUAUGCCACAUGUCCUCUUUAGUGGAAUUAGCACUAGACUAUAAUUCGUUGGUAGAUGAUGCGUUCGUCAUAAAAAUCAGCGAAGUGUUGACCAGUCUCAAAACGCUUAGCCUCGCCAAUGCUGGCUCUGAUCUAUCGAUAACAACGACGGGGCUAAGAGCAAUUUCACAUUUAAAGGAUCUUGAGCAGCUGGACUUGUCUUCCCUGGCUGCCCUUCGAUCUGGUGUCUUGCUCGAAAUCGUCUACUCCUGCAGAUCUCUUUCUCUUCUUCAACUAAGGAACUGUGUAUACCUAUCAGAUGAAGGCGUAAAAGGACUCGCUAAGAUGAAGAAUAUUCGGCAUCUUGACUUGAGCGGAUCGAUAUUGGUUACCAACGAAGCAGUACAGGAAUUUAUCAAGGGUUUCCCACAACAGGACAAGUCGGAUCCUGUGACCAUAGUGGUCGGUGGCACCGCCGCAGUGUCGUCGCGACUAUCGGUACGCGGCAGUCGUGUUGUUGUCGACCUCAGCGAUUAUACCACCGUGUUCGUGAUGCCUGACAGACAGCCGAGUUCGUUCAGAAUAGGUACAGGAUCUGAUGACGAUGCCUCGGACGACGAGUUCGAAAGCCUAACUGCGCAGCGUUCAUUCUACAUCGAUGCAGUUUGUGGUGAGGAUGACUCUCCUAUAGAGGACGAAGGACAGCUUCAGGAGUGGGCAGAACGGGAGGCACGAAACUUAGGGCUAAUAGGGAAAUAG